AUGAGUGAUUUAGAUAAUGUAUACAUCAAUUUAAGAGCUUGUUUGGUUUCCUGUAAAGGUGGAAUACCUUUAAAUGACAUAGAAAGUAAGUUGUAAUUUUUAUAUAAAUGGUUUUUGAUUGUGUUUACCUAUACUGUAACUAGGCAUCUGUUAAUGAAAACAUGUUCUAUGAUAUCUUGGCUCAAUUUUGGAUCUAAAUGAUUGAACAAAUUAAAGUUAUAAAAGAGCUUAUAUUUUUAAUUCUAAAAAAUUAUUUUAGUAGUUAAACUAAAUGAUAAAUAUACACAGCACAUUUGUAAAUUAGCACAUGGUAAAAAAUAAUAAUUAAAAAUUAUAAAUAAUUAAUUUUGUUAAGAAUAUUUUUGUGUGGACUAGCUCCCCCUAUUUAUUUCUUGUCUUAUUUGCUAGUAAAUAUAUUAGUAUUCAUUAUUUUUUGGAUCAAGGAUUUUUGAUAGUUGGGAUCAAGAGGAAAGAGAAGAAAUAAUGGAAUUAGCCCUUUUUUUUUUUUCUUACAAUUAAGAGUGUGCUACCCAAAACAGUUAAAGACAAUACCAGUGUUUUAAAUAUUUUUUAUCAAGAUUAAAGAUAGAAAUAUACUAACUAGUAUAAAUCAAUAAACUAUUUUUAUAGAUAUGAAAGUAUGUAGAUUUUUUAUUAAAUUUGUAAAUUACAUUAUUAAUAAUAUACAACUCAAUACAAUAUUAUAAGUAAAAUAGGAAUUGUUUUCAAAUAUAAAGUAAAUUUAGGAUAUUUUAAUCAAAUAUAUGUUAAAAAUUAAACAUGUAUCAUAUAAAAGUACUCUUAUAUGUACAUAUGUUUUACAGUAAAAGUAGAAAUACCUGUGAAAACUAGAAUUUACUUCUUGUUAUCUUUAAAUGUCUGAAUUUUGGAUUUUGAAAAUUCUAGUUUUGGACAUUUACCAAUCAAGAUUACUAUAACCUAGAAUAAACGAAAUUGAUUUGCGAAAUGCUGAACGAUUUGUGUAGUUUGGACUUGAACAAAUAAGAUUUGUUAAAUUUUAAGAUAAAUAACUAAUAUUGGCAAGAGUACGAAAUUUAAUUUUUUCUACUUAACGUGUAGUAUUUUCCUUAUCUUUGUGUUCAUAUAUUAUUAAAAUAGGUAUUAUUCAUUAAUUACAAGUUUAUAUUAUUACAAAAACCGAAAAUAUAAUAGGAAGGUAUAUUUUUAUCACAAUGCAUAUUAUUUAUUAUUGAUUUUACUUUAGUUUAAACCCUAACAAAUACUAAGUGUAUUGGAAAACUGUCAGUAAAGUUGAUGAACUCACAUAAUUUGAAAGUGUAUGUAGUUUAAGAUGCCACAGCAGCCAAGCCUGAACAAAUAAUCAUUUUUGUAAUAUUGAAUAUUGUAUGUAUUUUUUUAUUUUUUUUAUUUUUUUUUGUAGUACUAUUUAAUAAUAAUAUAAAAAAAAUAAUAUUGCAAUAUCUUAAUAUAAAGCAAUUUAAAAAAAAAAUUUUAAUUUUGACACUAAUUAUUUAUCCUAAGAUAAUAAUCUUGUUUGUAUUCUUGUUUGUAAAAGUCCGAACUACACAAAUCAUUUGGAGUUUGACCUAACUAUUUUUAUAUUUCGUUUUAGUAGCAUAGAUGGGUAGCUUAAUAAAGGAAAGACAGUUUAAAAAUUGUAAUACACCACAAAAUAACAUACGGGGUUCUCUCAUUAUAAAAAAAUGUCAACAUUAUUAUAUUAUUUAUUUUAUAAUAACUUUCUUUUCAUUUGUAAAUUUAUAAAAAAAAAAAAUUAUAAAUAUAAAUUAUGAGUACACAAUAAAAUUUGCUUAAGAUUAUCCCCCUAAUGAUCCCCUUAAUUGUUUCUUAAAUGUUCUAGAAAUAUUAAUACUUUCCGAUAUAAUGUGUGUCUUAUAAUAGAUUUAUCACUCUGUAUAAUUACCUAAUCAUAAAAAUUAUAUUACCUCUAUGCCUAUCAUCCAUCACCUCCCCCUCCCCUUGUCUGCUACACAACUGUUUAGUUUGAUUAUGACAUAUUCAAUAAUUUUGAAUAACUCGUCUCAUUUUGACAUAACAUAAUAUAUAAUUAUAAUAAGUUUAAUGAAUACAUAAUUGUAUAUUUUUACAUUUGUAUAAUUUAUAUUUGCAAUUCUUUCAGAUGAGUACUUUAAAUUAAAUGGUGAACGAAUUGCAUACAGAAGAUAUGGAUUUUCAUCUUUAGAAAACUUGCUUCAAUCAUCGGACAAAUUCACUAUUCAAAAUUGCGGAGGAAUCAGUAUUGUACAAGCCAGUACUACUCAAAAAACACAACAUUUGACUGACCUUAUAAAAAAACAAAAAUCCAAACCAUUAAAGAAAGUAUGUGUACUAUUUUAUUUUGUUUAACAGUUUUUUAUUAUCCAUAAUAUAUUUGAAAUAUAUAUAUAUUGAAAUUUUUCAUUUAAUACAUAUGUAUUUAAUAAAAAACAAUUUGUAAUUGAAUAUAUAGUAUUACUCUUGAUAAUUUUUAUACUUGGCUAUGUUUACACGUUUUUUGGAACUGUUUGAAAUUUUUGGCAGAAAUCAUUAUUAAAGAAGUUAUGAAAGUUUGAAAUUUGUCGUUAAUAUGGUUUUAGCUUAUAUACCUACUAAUUUUACACACAAUUAUUCAGAAUUGAUCGUGGCCCAUUGGAUAACGCCUUAUCCGUAUAGGUAUUGUGAUUUCGUGUUCGAUACCGUCCAAUGCACAGUAAAUUUAUGCACUUUUUUUGUAAAACACAUGUCUAAUUUUAAAAUAUUUCAAUUUAAUAAAUUGUUUUAAUCUAAAAUAACCCUCAAUUUGUUGUGUAAAAUCAUGUCAAGUAGGUAAUAGAGAAUAACGAAAAAGUACUGUGGUCGCACCUAGAGUCCUGGCGGAUUCACUCACUCACUCAGACUAUUUUAAUCAAAAAUAACCUCUUUUCUUUUGUGAAAAUCCACAUCGAAUAAGUAACAUACAGAAAAAAAUGAAUUGAUUGGGGUGAACCUCUGGUCAAAAUAAAAGUGUUCAAGUCACAUACGGAAAUUAGACCUAGAACUUAAAUAGAUAACACAUUACCCCUUGUGCCACAGUGAAUUCUCAAUAAUUGUGUGUAAAAUAGAUAGGUAUAUAAGCUAAAAUCAUAUUAAUGACAAACUUCGUAACUUCUUUAAUAAUGAUUUCCACAAAAAAGAAAGAAAAAAUUGAAAAACAAAGGGUGUCUAGUAGACUUUAACCGUAUUAUUAAUUUAACAUUGUUUGCAUUGGUCAAUUAGGAUCGUAAAAGAAUUGAUACAAUAGGGACCAAAGUAUCUGUUCUCAAAAUCAUAAGGUAGGUAUUGUCUAUCAAAGGUGACUAAAACUGUGAAAGAUCUUGAUCAUCUAUAAGCUCUUGAUAUAUAACUUAAAUUGAGUAAAUCCAAAUUCUAUCCAAUCCAUCAAAAUGUUUUAAAAUUCCUGACUUCAAUACUAUUUUUUAUAAAUUACCUAAAAUAUAUUCAUUAAAAAUUUGUACCUGGGUUUUAGUUAGUUAGCAGUAGAGGAGUUUCACGGAAUUUUAACACAUCUGGUGCCCACAAUAGAUUCAACAACUAUUCCAGACAAGGAAAUGUUGGACCUGUAAGUUUAAAACAUGUCUUACUAAAUUUAAAAUUUUUAAAUGACAUUUAUUUACUUACAGCCAAGAAACCGUUAUAAUGGUACUUUAAUUCCUAAUAAUACGUACGGCCAUAAAUCAUCUGUAUCGCAUAAUUUUAGUAGAAACAAAGUACGUAUACUGUUUUAAUGAAUUCAUGUAGUAUAAUUUAUGGUUUAAAAAUGUAUUUAAGUGUGUUUCUCUAAUUUCAUAAAAAUUGUAUAAAUAAAUCACAUAUUAAAUUAUUUUUUCCACAGUCUAAAUAUUAUUGUGUAUUAUGUAUGCCAUAUUUCCAUGGUUAUAUUUGUACAGAUUAAAAACAAGAAAAUAAUAAUAUAAUCAUAGAAAUAUAUGUACUAUAUUGAGUAACCAUGGAAACAAAGUGAUUUUUAUAAAAAUGCAUUAUUAUUAUUAACUCAUUCCUCACUGUAUUUGAAUGACAGAGUCUAGAAACUUGAUAUUUUUCAUAGUGGUUCCUUAUAUAAAGCAGCUGUUAAUUACGAAUUAAUUUUUGGAAAUUCCACCCCUAAGAAGGGAAAAUACAGGAAAUUUAGUUGGCUAAAAAUUUAUUUUUAUUAUUUAUACGCAUUUCAUGGGCAACACCGUGCUAAACAACUAUUAUUAUAACAAAAGGCAGUGUUAUUUUUGUUUAUAUAUGUACUCAUGAAAUAUUUACCUUCAUUAGUAUUAGUACUAAGAAUCUAAUGUAUUUUAAUCCAUUUGUUUUAGGUUUUCUGUUUUAUUUUUCUAUUUUAACAUCCAAAUGGUUUUUAGGCAGCCUUUAGCCAUAUUAAAUAAAAAUUUAUAUUUUGAAAUUUAAUUUAAAAUCAUAUUUCAUAAGUCAUAAACUAUAUACUAUACUUUUUAUGUACAGUAUUAAAGGAAAUACAAAAUCUCUAUCAAUAAACAAUACCCUUUUUCUGUAAUUGUACACAAUAUCUUAUUAUUUUUGCGCGAUAAAUCUUACAAUUCAAUGACAAAUAAAUGUAAAAUUACAUAAUAAUACUUAUGUUUCAAACCAAUAGUUUUAUUUUAAAAUUUUAGUUAAUCAUACUAAUUCUUUAUUAUAUUAUUCUUUAUUUUAGCCUCAUCCUAUAAAUAAUUAUAGUAGAAAUGCUAAUAAUUAUCAUAGAAGCCAUCAACCAAAUUCUGGCAUAUGUGUGACUGAAACUAAAGUAAGAUAAUAAUCUACAUUUUUAUAUUUUCAGAAUGUAUCAGAAACAAAUUAUGUUGAAGUUAAUCAACUUUUAAAACUUUUUUUCUUUUAGAUUAUUACUAGAAAUUUUUUAAUUUGUAUUGAGAAAUUAUAAUUAAUAAAUGGUGUGUACAAAUAAAUAUCAAUUUAAUUUUUGUUUUCUGUUAGUUUCAUUUGUUGGUAUAUUUUAUAUUCAGUUCAUAUAUUUAUACUCAUAUGCAUAAUUACAAUUUUAGUACGUGAUAGAUGGAUAGGAAAAUGGUUACAAUGUGUUACACUCUUAUUAAAAGACAUUCAUUAAUAAAUUUGUAUCAUGCAAAUUUAUAAAUCUAAUAUAUUUUAUUAUUUAGUGGUUUAAUUUUUUUCUGUGAACAUAAUUUCAAUUAGAUAAUUGCUAUAAUUAUUAAUAUCUGUGGUAAUUUUUAUCUUUUUUGGGUAGUAUUCAUUUGUUUGUGCAUUGAUGUCAUUGUUUUAAAUUACAAUAAAACUUCCAUAUAACGGUCACUGAAUGACGGUCCAUUUAAGGUUUCCUAUAGAAGCAUAAUACUUGACGGGACUAAAAAAAAUUACCGUUACACUGAAGUAAUCGUUAGCAGAAAAUUCACUGUACUAGUAAUUUUUGUUUAGUAUAGACUAACGAAUGGACAAACCGACAAAACUUGUCUGACUUUUAAUAGGUGACAACAUCUAAAAUCCAAAUUUUCAAAUUUAAAUUUUUUUAAUAGGUCUCAAAAUUAUUAUUAUUUUUAAUAGUGUGUUUCAUUGGUUAAUCAAAAAAUAAAAAUUAUUGCACUAUAAAUCACCCUUAAAUCCUAGCAACUUUCUCGCUUUCCCAACUACAACAAUGCCAACCCAUAAUUUGAAUUAUACCACUUUUUUUUAUUAUUAUUAUUAUUAUUAAUCCUUGGAAUGACUGAUAUAAUAAAUUGUAUUAUGUUUUUUAUUUUUUUAUAUUACAAUUUAUAAUAGUUUCAUAUGUUUUAACAAUUUAUUUAUUUAAUUUAGAUUAUACAUCAAAAUAAUCAAUUAAAAGAUAAUAUAAAUUAUUUUAAAUCAAAUUCAACAACUAAUGUGAGUGAAAAUCUAUUGUAUACAAAUUAUAAAUUAUUUUGAUAGUCUAAUGAUUUUAUUGUUAUAGUUCAAAAAAUUAAUUACUAAUUAAUUGUAUAUGAUUUAAUAAGGGCACACAUUCAUUAAACAUAAAUGGCAAGUCCCAUACUAAACCAGAAUUAAAACAUAACCUUACUAGCAGUUGUAGCAGUUUAGAAUCAACAUACAGUUCCAGUUCAACUAGCUACACAUCUACAUCCCUCCAUCCUAAACAUACAUCAAUAAAUUCUGUAAGUUUAAAAAAUUAAACAGAUUUUGAUAUUUAUUUAAAUCUUAUUUUUAUGUACAAUUGAAUUUAAUUUUAUCUAAACAUUUGUUAACUGUUAUUUGAUUUCUUUAAUGUAAAAACAAACUUAAUUUGUUUCUAUACUAAAAAUAAAAUUCUAGCCAAGACCAAUUAUUUUAUGAACAUGCUAUAUGUUUAACUAUAUAAUUUAAAAUAUUAUAUUUUCUUUAUUUUUAGGAGUGAUAAUACUACCCAUUUUCUCUAUUUAAGUAUUUUUAAUAUAGUUUACUAUUUUAAAAUCAAAAGUGGGUAGUUAAGUAUAAGUAUUAGUUUCGUCCUCAAAAAUAAUAGUGAAAAAACUAAGGCUAAUAUAAUAAUAAUUAAAUAUUUAUUAAAUAUUAAAGUUUUACAUUUUGUAUUAACUAUGAAUUCUGAUACUUUAACCUUAUUUGUUAUUGCUAUAGUAGUUUAAUUUAUAUACUAUGGUUUUAGUAAUUGCAACAAUAUUUGUGUUUUAGAGGGACAAUGUCCAAAUAGAAAAUGAAGUGAGAAAUACUGUUUCUCAAAUAAAUAUAAAUGACAAAGGUGAAAAUCAAAGAAAUAAUAUUUAUACAAUGGUUGGUUUGAGUGAAAAAAUUGAUUAUUUUUCUUUAUACUUCUAAUAUUAAGACAACUUCAUACCCACUGUGCUGUCUUUGUCUCACUAACGCACUUUGGUAAUUUUGUGUUUAACAAAACCAAUAUUUAAUUAUUAGUUUUAUUAGAAGUGUGAAUUAACCUUUUAUCAAAUUUGAAUAUAACAUCAUCUAUAUUUGUACUGGAUUUUUUUUUUUUUUUAUGUUUGUAUAUAUUUUAAUUUUAAGCGAAAAAUAAAUUGGAGACAGCACAUGCAGGUAUGACCUACUCUUAAAUUAUUUGAAUUAUAAUAAAAUAAAAUGAUGUAUCUGGUUUUUAUAUAUAUAGGGAAAGAAUAGUGAAUUUAAGCAUCCACCAAAGCAGCAUCAUCAUCAGCAACAGCCACCACCAAUUCUGAAAUAUCCAUCGCCAAAUAUGGUAAUUUGUUUUUAUAAGUUUUAUAGUGUUGUAAAUACAUAUAAUUUUUUAAAAAAAUAAUACUAUACAAUAGUAAUAGUGAAUUAUUUCUUCAUAUCUAAUGUCUUAUUAAGAUUUGUUCCUUGAGCUUGUUUAAGGGACUUCUUCCAACACUUAUUUUCUCUGUCUAUCUUACACAUAGUAUAGAAACAAAUACUUCUAUCUAUUAUUCUUUAUCUAUUUAUCUAUUUAUCUAUUAUUAUUAUACUUAGCAUAGUAUUUAUGAUAAAUUGACUAAAUUAUUAUUUUUUAUUUUUUAUAUAAAAUCUAUAAUAGGUCUCUUAAACUUAACCUAAGUCCUAAGAGAAGUAAAGAUGUAAAGUCUUUGUUGCUUUAUAUUAAAAGUGAGAUAAGACAGAAAAUAAAUGUUAAUGUAGAGGCCCCUUUUUGUCUCACUUGAUGGAAGUGAUUUUUGUAGACAUUCUUGUGUUUUUUUUAUGUGCACUUAAGUACAAACUCAAUUUUAUUAUUAAAUUUCUCGUUAGUUUACAUUUUUGACACUAAUUAUCUUGAGUUUCAUUAAAUUAAGAAUAUUUUUAUCUUGUAUAUUUCAGUUUAUUUACUAAUAUGUGUGUUAUAAUUUACAGGCUUUAAAGCCAUCUACUGCUCAAAGUAGGCUUCAAAAAUAUCCUAAAAAGUGUGAUGAAACAUUGAAUAAGGUAAGUCUAAUACACAGAUUUAUUAAACUUCCAUAAAAUUGAUAUAGCUUGAUUAAAAAGUAUAAUCAUACAUUUGUUUAACAAAUAGAAGUAACAGAUGUUACUAGUUUAUCAUUUUGAUCAUCAAAAUUUUAAAUAUGUUGCUAUUUAGAAAAAACAAAGUAGUAGUAUUGCUUACAUAUGUGUUUAGAUACUCUCUAGAUAAAAUUUAUUAUUUUUAAAUGAAAAAGUAUGUUAUUUUCUGGAUAUAAAUUUAGAAAUAGCAGCGAUUUUGUCACCAAUAAUUUUUUUUUUCGACAUUUCAUGAAAAUAGUAUAUAUAUAUAUUUUUCUUUUUAUCUGGUUUACUCAAAUGAUAUUCCAUUUUUAAGUUAGAUUCAAAGGAGAUUAGUGAAGCAUAAUUUGUGUGGCACCAUGGUGCACAGCGUUUUAAUAAUGCACCACUUUAAUCACAGUGUGACUGUAUGUAUGUUAAAUUAUGGAAUAUUGCUUUACUUACUACAAUAAAUGGUAAAUUAUAUUUGUUGAACUCUUAGGUAUCUAUUCUUUAAUGUUUUUAAAAUAAUCGCUUUGAUUAUAAAAUGAAUACUGAUCAAAUAUACCCAAAAUCAUUCUAAUUCACUAUUGCUAAUACCUCUAAUUCGUAUGAGUGAUACUUAGCUUCGUCUUUUGUCGUUUUCCUACUGUAAUAAGUAAUGGGAUACAUUUUAUCGCUCUUCUGCAUUUGCGUUAAUACAGACGCCACGCCGUAACUACUCACGUCCGUAUACCUAUGUAUAUUAUUUGGGACCGUACAUCCCUUCAAACGUCUAAACGCUUCGUCAUGUUCCUUCGUCCACUCAAACUGCAUAUUUUAUAUUCUGAGCGGAGCAAUGAAUGUAUUGAUUUUACAAUGAUGUUUUUUUUUUACCGUGAAAAAAAUUCUUGAUGAUAUUCACAAUCAUAUAUUAUAAUUGUUUAAUUGUAAUACUACUAGAUAGUUAUUAUGAUAUGGUAUUUUCCUAAAAAUAUUGCACUUUUGCAGUAGUCAGAAACGUUAGGAUCCGUUCACCUUUUCUUUUUUAUUUUAGAAUCCAUGUUUAUUAUUUAUUUUACAAUAUUCUUAUUUUAUUUUUUCUUCAUUUCAGUUUCAUAAUAAAUUAAAUAAUACAAACACCGACCUAGGUACUUCUAAGAAAUUAGAAAUUCUAAAAUAGUUAGACCGGGAGCACAUUGAGACGCAGCGCAGCACAGCAUAAUUUUCUGUAAUGUAUUAGUUAGAUUGUACUAGGAAGGAUGUACAUAUUAGGCAGGGCAAAGCAGUACUGUGCCUAUGUCGGCUUACGUUACGCACGCGACACAGUUUACUGCACACUUAUCACACGCUUUUGGAAAAUAUACGUGUACGCCAGUCUAACAUAAUUUUAAUUUGAUAUUUUUGACUUUUACGAUGAAAGAGACUAAUUGAAGUCGUCCGACAUUACAAUAUCUUAUAUGAUACUAAUCUUGUCAACUAUAUGAAGACCAAAUUGAAAAAUGAAAUAUGGGAAAAAAUUGCUUCUUAAGGAUAUUAUUAGGUUUUUGAGCAUUACAUUCAGAUCAAUAAAUAGUAUCUCGUAUUAAAUUAAGAACUUUGAAUUGAUUUCGGUUUUAACGAAAGUAGUUGGAAAAUUUUCAGAAAAUUCCGACGAAAAAAUUAAAUUCGCCAUGACUCCUUUUUUUUAUUUAUAAAAUUACUUUUCUAUUGUUACGUUAUUAUGUUAUUAUUGUUUACGUAUACGAGGUGUGGCUAUUAAAUAACGAGACUACUCGCCUAGAGGGCGCUCUAGAUGGGUAGUGACAAAAACGGGUAAUACGAUGGGUAUCUAGAUAUCUUAUCUAUGCACGUACCAAAACACGUUUUCGUCACUAUUAUAGUAUUUGUGCAGUAGUGGUUUGAAACGAACGUGUUUUUUUCUCGUGCCGAAAAACAUGAGCAACGGAUAAACGUAAAAUUUUCUCGUUAAACUAAAAAAAACUCCAACUGAGUGCUAUAAGUUGUUAAAAGAGGCCUAUAGUGAGGAUUUCCUAUCUCGAGCGCGUGUUUUUGAGUGGCGUAAAUUAUUUUCUGAAGGUCGAGAGUGCACUGGAAUCCAAUUCAGUCGUAAUCCAAAUUCAAAACCAUGCUGAUCGUUUUCUUCGAUUUCAACAGCAUCGUGAUGACUGAAUGGGUUCCAGAGGGUCAAACUGUGAACCAACAUUACUAUUUGACAGUUUUGGCAACAUUGCGCGAAUGAGUUUGUAAGAAACGGUCGAUAUUGUGGAAAAACAAGUCGUGGAUCUCCCAUAACGCGCUGUCUGUGAAGCGUUAUUUGGCCGCUUAAGGCACUCCAGUACUCGAACACGCGUCUUACUCACCCGACUUGGCACCCUGCGACUUUUACUUGUUUCCGAAGAUAAAGUCUGCCUUAAAAGGAAUCCGGUUUGAGUCGAUGGAAGAGGUGAAACAAAAAUCGGCGGAACUCCUGAAUGGUCUUACGAAAACAGACUUCCAGCACUGCCUCGAGCAAUGAAAGAAACGAAUGAAACGGUGUGUGGCGAGGGGAGGGGAGUAUAUUGAAGUGGAGCGUUUGAAUGUAGAAUAAUUUUUAUAAUAAAACACUUUUUCGUAACCAGUCUCGUUUUUUAAUAGCCACACAUCGUACUUAACAAAUAUGACAAAAUAAGUUCAUCAUCGUUCAUCGGAAUCUGGUUCAUAACUUAAAUUUAAUACAUUUUCGGCUAUCAUUUCACAUAUGAGUGGAUGAACGGUGGCACAGACUUCGUAGAGUAAUAUGCGCUCACGUAGGUCACACAGUUUUUCUUGCGCUACGCUGCUCUACGUCAUCUGCAUCUCAGUGUACGCCCGGUCUUUGGGCUGCGUUACACAUAGUGGUUGAAACGCGGCGUUUUCAAUGCUAUUAGAAAUAUUUGAGUUGAUACUACUGAUGAAUGUAUCACUUAGUAGGUGGAAAUUUGGGAAGAUAGAAUACAUAAAGGUAUUUAAUUUAUAUCUGUAAGCAACAAUGAAUAACCAUUAAUAACAAGAACAAUUCUGAGCAAAGUUCAAUUAUACAUGAUUUGAAAAACUGUAAUAUUUACAAUUUUCAUCAAAAUUUGAUUUUAAAACCAUUAUAAACAAAAUAAAUUGCUACAUUAUUCUCUACUUUAUUUUUGACCGCUAAAUACAACUUUUAAAGAACCGACCUCUUAUUAAAUUUUCUAUCAUUUCUAUUUGAUCAGACAAUUAUGUCUACACAGUAUAUACCAAAUAAAAUUACGUAAACUACUAGUAAACAUAAAAUGGCUCAAAAUUUGCCAAAUUGUUUUUAAAAUUAUUUCACGUCUAUAAAUAAAUAAAAAAAAUAAUAAUAACAAGUAAGGGCAGUAUCACCAUUGGGUGACUCCUAUAAAGCUAUUUGUGUAAAUAUUAUCUAAACUAUCUAUUAUCACAGAUCUCUUGUUCCUAAAGAACAGAUUGUAUAUUUCGUAUAAUGAAAAAAAAAAUUGUUACAGACUAGACAUCAACAUCGAAUGAUGUUGAUGUCAGUAUAAACCUUUCUCCAUGAAUAUUUAUUUUAAGCAAAAUAUACAUAAUACAUACUGAAUUCUGUAUACAUAUUAUAUCAUAAAUAUUAUUAUAUUAGUGAUAUUUGUCUAUAAUAUGAAUAUUUUUAGUACAUACCUAUAUAAUUAAUUUAUAAAAUAGAUUUUAAUUUAUUUUUAUACAUUUGGCUAUUUAGAUAGAUUAAAUUACAAUUUUGUAAAACCGAAUUUCAAUAAGUUCCAUGUGAUUAGGUUAAGCUAAACAUUCUGACUUGUACUCUGAUGUAUUAGAUCAAUAUGUCAUCAUUCAACAGUGAUGCCUGAUAAAAACAUUCAGACUUUGAACAUCUGGGAAACAAAUAUAACUUAUACAAAUUUUGUAUCAAUAUGAUCUAUGGACAGAGAAGCCCAGGCCUUCUCCCCCCCAGACAUAUUAUUUCUUCGAUUUUUGUAUGAGAAAUUUGUAUGCCUAAUUUAUUACAUUAUAUUUUAAUUACAUAUACUUUAAAAAAAUUGUUGCCCCCCCCCCCCGAUAUUUGCUAUGGAUCCAUGUCUUACUAUGGAAAUGACAAAACAUAAGGUUUAAUGAAACAUUCAAAUUGAAAAUUCAUUUAUACGAAUUUUGGUAAAUCUAUUUCGGGAUAGUUUUUUAGCAGCAGGCCAAAUGUAAGAAUAUUACAUAUUAAUGUGUAAAGUUAUUUACAUUCGAAGCAAUGUUAUUGCUAUUGCAACAAUACCACUACGACGGUUAGUAGAUGCUCGUAGUAAUUGUCUUUCGUGGUAGUGGAGUCUUCUCACAUAAUUAAUACAUUAUAUUAUACAUAGUAUAAUAAUAACUAAUAUUAAAAUCUAUAAACCUUGCUGUAUAAAGGCACUAUUUACUAAAAUCAAUGUUUUUCGAUAAAAAUGUGUUGGGAAUUUUAUGGGAUUUUUUUGGGGGGGAUUAUUAUCUUUGCAAUAUUAAAAUUGAGCGAAUUACAAAAUAAUUUAAAAAUCAAUAAAUGAUAAUACUAAAUGUAAUAUUUUAGAUUCCGAGCGUAGCGAGGGAGGGAACUAUUGGUUUUACUAAGAUGUUUAUUUGUUUUUUUUCUUCUUUUUCUUUGGUCUAGUCUGUGGCCACUUUUUUCCUAAUAAAUUUGCUCCGAUUUUUAUGUGUAGGAACUUUUCUGAAAGCUCAAGUUGUCUAGAUUGUACUUUUAUACAGGUUAUUUUUUGAGUUUUGACGCCAUUUCUUAAACAAAAGAACUUGAGUGGGGAAAAAAAUUACGAAAACGUACAAUUUCACGAUUUUAUUAUUUUAUAAAAAUAUGGACGACGUUUUCUAUCAGAAAAAAUGAUUUAAUAGAAAAACCACAAGAUACCUUCUUUUUUGUUGUCUUUUUGAUUUCUUUUCUUACGGUUUCAUCGCCAAAACUUGAGCUUUUAAGGAAUUUUAAUUUUUGGGCGUUUUUUUUGCAGUAAUUCGAUAAUAGAUACAUGUAGAGAUUUAAAACUUGGUAAUAACUUAUAUUGGGCCUACCUAAUCAUUGGGUAACUUUUUUUUUUUAUUUAAUAAUCGUUUUUAAGUCAAAUUUAUACGAAAAAUUGCGGUACUUCAAAUUAUGUAUUAACGAACUGUGCUCGGAAUCGUCUUUCGUCAAGCAAUGGUUUAUCAUUGCUUACAAAUAUAAAUGAAAUAACUUUAUGUAUUCUACCUUACCUCACCUACAACAGUGGUCGCUUCCAUCCCCAGUAUCAGCUCUUUUGUAUUUUUUUACAUUAUUUACCAACCUGCAUGGCUAUUUUGUCAUGGAUUAUUGUUUAUCUACAGGGAGUAGUGGACAGUAGACUUUUUACAUUGCAGUAUUCCGGUUCCCAAAAUUAUAGUAUAUUUAAAUUUCGAAAAAAGUUAAUUUCCAAGAUAAUGAAUGUCCUAUGUUAUAUUGAUCACUCUGUAUAAACCUAUUUAUAUUGUUUACUAUUAUAUUAGUGUGUCCUACCUGCUUUUAUCUCCUUUUAGACCUUUUUCUAUUGUCCCACAUUGUCCAAUAUUAUUUGAUAUUUAACCUUUAUAACCACAUUCCUACAUUAGUUCAUUAUUCAUUUUAUAACUGAUAAUUCAAAUACAAAUCAUUCUUAAAUAAUUUUUAAAAACACUUUUUCUGUCUGUUUUUUCCACAUAUCUUCUUGGUUUUUUCUUUUCUUUUCUGUUAUUUAAUAUUAAACAUUUUAAUUUAUUAUAUUAAAUUAUUAUUUUUUUAUCAUGGAAUCUAAAUUGUUCAUUUCAAAUUGUAUAGACGUUUUAAAUGUUAUACAACAAUCUUGUAAAACGUUAGAAACUCUUUUGCUUGUUCAUCAUGAAGUAGUAUAAUGUAUAUAAUAAAUUGUUUUAGUUAAUACUAAUGUGCAUUAUUUUAAAUAGAUUGAUGAAGGAGUUAAAAAUUUAACUGCUGAAGAACCUGUACAAUCAAUUGAAGUUGAAGAUGAUCCAUGUCUUGAGGUUUGUGAAAUUGUUUUAAUAUAUGGUCACUGAUCUUUUUUAAUUCUUAGUAUAAUUCUAGUUUAGCAAACACUCAAAAUUCAAUAAUUUUUUUUUUUAAUGCUGAGAUUAAUGGUUCAAUCAAAAAUAUUUGAUCAAAACGUUUGGCAGUUAAAACAUGCAUUGUGGCACUGAAGGGUGAAUAAAGUCUUAAUUUCCCAAGGUUUAAAUUACCACUUAAGAUAGUAUUUAAAAAAAACCUCCUGACUAAAUAUUACAUAAGGAAAAAGCUCCGAUGAAGGAAAUAAAUAUUUAAUAUUUACCUACUAUAAAAACUGCAAUCAAUGUUUUUACAUUAAUAGAUAUGGAAAAAAUUUGGUACAUUCAAUUCAACAAUAACUAAUUGAAUAUUAAAGAAUUUUUAGAAACAAUAAGUAAUAAUAUACAUAAAUCCUAUUUUUAAAUAACUACCUAUUUUUUUUGCAGUUUCUAUUGUUUCAAAUUUUCCAAUAAAAAAAUUUUUUUUAAAAAAAGCCAAAAUUUGUAUUUUUUCCUAUAGGGUUUUUGGUCAGGGGCUUUUUUAUCCACAAUUUCUUGAGGCACUUACUGGUUUACACCAGUAUCAGAUUUGGAUACCCAGGUCAGUAGGUCAAUAUUAUAUUAAAAUUUGUUAAAAGCUUUUAUAGUUCAAUUGUCUUAUUGCCUACAAUUAUUUGUUGGCCUUUAUUUUUAAUAUUUAUUAGGCAAUAUUGAAAACACUUUAAUUAAUGCACCUGAGAUCAAUAGUUUUUAUGUUUUAUAAAGUAAACAAAAUAUUCUCAAUGGAAGUCAUGCAUAGUGUAUUUAUGGGGGGAGGGGGUUAUGUACAGAUAAUACAAGUACUAAUAAUAGUGCAACAGAAUUUAACAGUAAAAAUAUGUUCGAACAAAAAAAAAGACAAUAUUUAUCGUCUUGAAAUAACAAAAUUUUAAAUGUUUUACCAGUUAGAACUCUUUAUAAGCUAACUGUCUCGGUAAAAAAUAACAUAAUGAAAAUGAAAUUGAAAGUGUUUAGAGCGUAUAAUAUUAUUGUAUGGUUUACUAAUUAACAAUUUGGUCAGAGGUUUGUUGAUUUGCUGGGUCCACUUAUGUAUAACUCUUCACAUUUGGAUAUAAAGACAAAUAUUUCUAGCUCCACUUUAAUAUGUCAUUAAAAAAACUUAAAAUUUGGUUAUUAAAUGAUUUUGUGUAAUAGUAAUGUUAAUGUUAAAUUUAGCUGUUUGUAAUGAAUAGAAUUAAGAAAAUGUAAUAUCAUUGGAUAUGUUGUAAGUACUUUUGUUCAUGUUAUUUUGUUAGUAUAUAUUAUCUACAAAACGCCUAAAAUAAUUUGUACAAUUUUUUAUUUUACUGGAUUUUUUGGAAGAUUUUGGUUGUUUACUUUUGAAAUUCAAAUGAAAACUUACAUUAAAAAUUCCACAAAUAAAUGGAGUUAUAUUUUAAAUAUAGUAUGGUGUUCAAAUUUUUGAUUUCGGUCAAUCUGUUGACGAGAUAUUAAACUUCUUAGUUUAGGCAGGGGGAGAGUAGUGGAAUACUAUACAAACGCAGUGCACUGUGCCGUGCUACUAUAUAAGCAACCAUCACAUCUAGGGUGUUCCACUACUCCACCCUCCCUUAUGUGUAUUGUAAUUUAUUUUUGAUCCACCUCAUUUUGUGAUCUGGUGACCCCUCUGUGAUUUUAAAAAAUAUUAGUGUUCAUUACGCCUCACCUUGUAUAAAAUCCCUGCACUUUAUAUUAUAAAUAAAUUUCCAACUACCAAUUGUUUGUUUAUAACAGUGUAUAUAUAAUAUUUUUAAAUUGAAAUAUUUUAAUUUUUGAUUAUCAGGUGAAUGACAAUAAUGAUUAUGUUGGUGAAUUAGAAUCAUAUUUAAUUAAUUUAAAUUUGCCAGAACCCUACUAUGAUUGUAUGAUAAAAAAAGAAAAACAUGGUAAAAAAAUAAGACAUAUACAUAUGUGUACAGUUAAGGUAUGUAUUAAUUGUUAGUUGAAUAGAUAAAUAAAAUUGUUAAGGAAUUAGGUUUUAAGUACAUUACUUCAAAUUUGUAUUUAUUUGACUUUUUUUAAAAUUUCCUGUAUAAAAUAAUUAAAAUCACAGUACCUCUACCUGUCGUAAGAGAUGACAAUAUUGUUUUUGCAUCAACAGUAAGUGGGAAAUUCUAAACCAGACUUAAAGAAUUUUCCCAUCUCGGAUGUGUGAAGGGACAACAGAUAAAAUUAAGCACUAUGAUGCCAUGAUGUAUAGCUUUGAUAAGAAAAAAUAUGGUAAAAAUUAUUAAUAGGUUUGAGAAAUGGAGAGUAUGAAGUAAAGGGAUCAAGGAUACGUAGAAGUAAAACAAAGUAGUUGUAUAAAGUAUGAGUAUGAACAGGAUAAGACGACUGGCGUAAAAUAGUUAACGUUGGGAAUUUAAAAGUACCUAGGAUAUUUUUUUACUUUAAUGAAGUUGUCAAAUAUAUGAUUAUGUUAGUUGGAUAAAUAAGGAGAAGAGCUGUGUGUUUUAUCUGACAAUAGAAUUCCAAUGAGAUUUAAAAGUGUGUUGAAAUUACCUAUGUUAUAUAGUUUGGAGUACUGUGGGGUAAACAGAGAAUGAGUGUAAAUAGGAUGAAGAAUAUUUAUAUUACAGGUAGCAUUAGCAUGGUUUCAAAAGUAGACAUAAUGAGAAAAAAAUGAACUGAGAUGGUUUGGGCAUGUCACCAUGUCAUGAGGAGAGAUAAAUCUGAUUCGGUAAAAAUAUUUAUGUUUAAUGUUUAUUUAGAAGAAAAGGGGGAGAAAAAGACAAAAAAAGAAAUGGUUGACUGUGAUUAAGAAUGAGGGUGACUGAUCCCAAAUAGUUAGGAUGUAGAUAAAGGAGAAAAAAAAUUAAAUUUUGUUUAUAGGUAAUUGACAAAAGUUCUAGUUCUUACCCAGUUGAAUGUAAAACUGUGGAUUGUGCUAAGCAAGUUGCUGCAAAGAAAAUUAUAACUAUCUUAAAAAACCAUUAUGGUGAAAAUAUGGCUUAUCCUAUUACAAGUGAUAUUAAUAUGAUGGCAGUCCGCAUUAAAGAAGUAUAAAAAUAAAUUACUUAAAACAAUUCAUGGGUUUUAAUAUAUCAUUGAUUACAUUCUUAAACAUGUUUAUUUAAAGUUUUUAAAAUCUGGAUUUGAACGUAAUGGACUUAUGGGUGAUAAAUUAGAAGAAAUGUAUAGAGAGAAAUUUCAAGAAAACUUGCCAGAUAACUGGGUUCAACUUUUAGAAGUUUAUAGCUAUUUUACAUUUGAUAAGCUAGUUGCAAACAAAAUCAUUAUAUAUAUGGUAAUUUUCUUUUUUUUUAAUUAUACUCAUAAAUUAUAGGGAAUUUUUUAAUUAUUUGAUUUAUAUUUAGAACGAAAUGGAUAGUGAUUAUUGUCAAAAUAGUCAUGCAAAUAUAAAUGGAUACCCUGAAGCUCCUAUUGAAGAACAAAACAUUAUUCCAGGUACCCCAUUAACAUUUGAGGAUUAUGAAGAAAAAUCUAUACUAGUUUCUGCCAACUAUGGUGCAACUAACAUUUGGAUACGUUUUGUUGGACAAAAUGCAGAUGUAAGUUAAUUUUAUAUAAUCUAGAAAUACAAGUUGUAAUAAACUAAAAAAUUGAUUUGCAUACAUUUUUUUUUAUUUUUAGGAAAACUUUAUUCAAAUGCAAGCUAAAUUCAAUGAUACCAUGAACACUACUAGUGUAAGUAUUGCUGAACAAGUGAUUGAAGGUGAAUACUAUGCUGUGUUAUAUAAUUCAACUUGGCAUAGAGUGCAAAUUUCUAGCUCUUUAGGAGAAGAUGGUACAGUUACAUGUUUUAUGGUAGAUACUGGUGAGCUAUAUAAUGUCUCUAAGGAUCAGAUUUGUAACCUUGAACCAGUAUUUAUGAAAACUAAACUCCAGGUAGGGUUCACAUCUUGGUUAAUUUAAUGUGCAAUUUUUGUAUUAACUACUGUUAAACUUUGAUUAACUGUUGUUCUCUACUAUCUGUCAUCAUCCAAAAAAAAAAACUUGAAUAUUUGUUUCAAGCAAAAUUGUAGUUUUACUAAUAUCUGUAAAACUAUAAGUAAAUAUUAGUACAAGCUAUUUAUAUUAAUCAACAUUUAUAUUUUAUAAAUUAAAAUGCAUGUUUAUUGAAAAAAUUUAUUUUAAUCAUCACAUUCCUUGUCUGAUGGUUAAUAUAAGUUCCUUUACAGUAUGCACUCAAACAAUAUUUCAAAGAGUCUAAUUAUAUUUGUUUUGUUAAUAAUAAUAAAAGAAAUAUUAAAUUAAUUAUAAUAUUUUAUUCUGAUUAUUUGUUUUUAGGCUAUUGAAUGUAUACUGAGUCAGUUCGAUAAUUUUGGUACAUUUGAUGGUUUAAGAGAACUGUUAAAUGAAAUGAUAUUGAAUAAAACAUUCUUUGUCGUACCUGAUUCAUUAGAAGAUGGUGCUAGGGUUACCUUGUAUGAAAAAGGAGAAACAUGUGAUAGAAUAAAUGUAAAUAAUAUGAUAAUACAACGGUUUUUAGAGAAAACUAUUGUUAAACUUCCAUCUUUUGAGGUAAAUAACAUUAUUAUACUUUUUUUAAUUUUUACUUUUGUUAUUAUAACAUUGAUAACCCAUUAUUAAUUAUAGGAACAUACUGUUGUGGACGGAAUUGUGUCGUCAUUUGUGGAGUCUGGACAUUUAUAUUUACAACUGAAUUUUGAUGUUAUUUCUUCACUCGAAGAGAUCUUGCCAAAUGAUGAAUGCUUGAGUCCAGAAUACUUUUUAAAAAACAAGGAAGAUAUUGGAGUAGAUCAGGUCUACUUAAUGAAAUAUGAAAAUGAUAAUCUUUGGUGCCGUGUUCAAGUUAUUGAAAUAAUAAAUGAUUCUGAGGUUAAUUACUUUACAGUUAAAAAAAAAAUGUACAAAUUAUUUAAUUACAUGAUAAUAAACAAUUUUUAUUGUUAAUUAUUUUUAUUGGUUUCUUGUUUCUGUUAUAAUUUUUUACUUGCAAUUAGUUAAGUACAAAUAUUAACUGCUGCUAAUUAAUAAAACAAUUUUAUUAGUAAACAAUUCUACCAUUCAUUUUUAUUUUUGUUUUAGGUCAAGGUAAUCUAUAUUGACUAUGGUAAUAUUGCAAAAUGUGAAAUCAACAAAUUAGUUAAUUUGGAAUUGUUUGAUCCAUUAAUGGCCAUGAUUCCGCCUCAGGUAUUAUUAUUACAUAAAUUUGAAUAAAUAUGAAAUUACAAUUUAUGUUUAAAUUUUUAGGCUUUGAAAGUGUCAAUGAAUUUAUUGCCUCCUAGUAUCAUGACAUCAGAAAUUGCAAAAAAACUAUUUGACAUUAUUGGAAAUGAUAAAGUUUUAGUGAAUGUGAUUAAUGCACCGAUAAAUGAUGUACCUUGUAUUCAACUUUACAAAACUGAAUCUACUGAGGAAACAGCAUUAUGUAUAAACAUACAAAUGGCUAAAAGGUACAUUUUAUGUUUUUAUUUUCAUCUAUUAAUUAAUUAAUUAUUUAAUUUGUUUGUUUUCAGUUUAAAAAAACAAUAA